AUGUCGUCAUCGUCUCAACGACAAGCUAAUAGCUAUUCACGAAGAGCACCUUUCCAUGAUGAUACUAACAAUCAAUCAUCAUUCCGAAACCAGCCCAAUAGAAAUGAGCCACCAUUGAAUCGCGGACGAGGCUAUAAUGAACAUCAAGGUAGAAGAAGUGAUGCAAUGCCAAACAGAGGGGAUCCUAGACGCCCAGACAAUUGCAAUGACGGCUAUAAUGAUAGAAGAGAUGAUGGAAGAGGCGACAAGAAUAAGAGGUUUCAACACCCAGGGCGAUCUGAGGAACAACCAAAAUAUUUUGGACGGGGUAAUCGAGAAUCGUCACAACACCAAUCACCUCAGUCGCUGAGACAUUCCGGGAGAGAAGGGCAAGGGCAAGGGCCAGACAGAAAUAGAAACGAUCAAAGAUAUGACCCCAGACGCAAUGACGGUAGAACAGGUAAUAAUCCACCACACUAUAAACCAAACAGAUCAAAUGAUGUCCCAAUUGCGAAUCGAGGUACGAAAAGAUCAAAUCAAGAGCAUGACGCAGGGCCUUUUAAACAACCAAGACUUUCUGAUGAGUAUACUCAAAGAUCACAGCAACAACAAUUUUCUUCCCGUAAACCUUACAACAAUAAACCAGAUCAAAAGAAUGGUUCCAAUCGCAAAUCCGACUCGAAAUUUUCUCAACCCAAAUUUCAAAAAUCACGUUCGUCUUUUCAAAACCGAGGCAGAGGUAAUGAUUGGGAUCGUUCUGGAGAGGCAUAUACACCAUCAUCCAAAAGAAGUGACAAUCCAAAUUUUUCUGGGCAGCGUAAAUUUGAACCGCAAUCAAGCUUAGCAAGAGCACGUACUAUUUCAGUUGCUAAACCUAAACUGAUAAAUGAAAUUUUAAAAGAGAUCGACCGUUUGCAAAACCGUGUACAAGACCUUCAGUCUGUUCAACCAAUAGAAGAAGUCAAAGUUAUUGAUUCAAGAUGGAAUAAAGUCCCUGAAGGAUUUGAGAAUUUGUCUGCUGCCAGAGCAAAGUUGUCAGGGUUGUUUCCACUUCCAGGAUACCCACGUCCAAUUGAUUUCACCAAAUUAGAAGGUACAAUUAAAAAUAGAUUGAAUAAUUCCGAUGACAUUUUGAAUGAAACUUCUAGGAUUGAUCCCGUUGAUUCGAAAGCCGCCAGAACGUUGAUUGUCAAAAAUGAUUUAUCACAAAUAAGUCACUUGAAGCUUGUUGAGUUUUUCAAUGAUUAUUUGAAAGCUAUAGAUUUUGAAAAAGGGUCUUCCAAUAACAUUAAGAAGCAGAAAAAAGCUCAAGACAAUAAAUUUAUGAUCAUUGAAUUUAACAAUGCAGAAUGUGCAACUAUCAUAUACUCCUUGAAUGAAACGGAAUUAUUGUUUAAUGCUUACAAAGAAGAGAAGGUUCCUGCACGACAAAUGGAGAAAUUUAAGUUAUUGAUUGCUAGACCUAGUGAGUACGUAGUUCAAGAUUUGGAGCCUGUUAAAUCAGAUGAGAUUGAAGAAGUUGUGAGAGAUAAUUCAAGAAAAAUUUCCUUGACGAUUGUACCUAACGCAACACCGAGCAAAGUUAUUGAAUCAUUAGAAAAGAAUGUUGGCGCAUUGCAAGGAAUUCAGUUUUUAAGACAAAAGGGAACUAAGAAUUUGCUUGGGUUGGUAUUUGUUGAAUUCAAAGACUCCUCUAAUGAUGUGAUUGGCAAAUUGAGGAGAUUGCCAUUUAUAACUCGUGCGUUCCAUUCAUGUAUCUUGCCUAAUAAGACGCCAAUUCAAAAGGGCCCUAUCGAUUUCCAUAGUUUGAAAAACUUGGUGGAAAAUAAGAAUGUGGCGCCACAUCCGCUGCUGAGAGUUAUUAGAUUGUUAAAUGCAGUCACUGAAUCAGAAUUAGCAGAUGAUGCCACCUACAGUUUUAUCAGAAAUGAUAUGUAUAAUGAGGCAUCUAAAUAUGGUGAGGUUGUAAAUGUCAGAAUUCCUAGACCAUCACGUAAUCAUACGCCUGGAAUUUUACAGUUCAACACUUCCACAGGUUUAGGCACUAUAUACAUCGAAUUUAAAGAUGAAAAGAUCGCAUUGGCGGCCAUGAUGGAGUUGGCAGGUAAACUGUACAACGAUAGAACGGUGUUGGCUACUUUCUAUGAUUUUGAUGAUUUUUUGAUGGGAAUAUAG